UUUCUUUUUUAGAGAAAAUGAAAUUCUUCAUAGUACUUCUUCUGACUUUUGCUUUCGCUAAGGCAGAUGUCCCAAUAAAAGUUUUCGGCAAUGUUGCUACUAAAGGGAUAAAUGAAAAAUUGUUGGAGCGCAUCGAGAGUUUGAGAGAAAUUUUGAGAAAUGGAAAUGCGUCUUUGGGAUUACCUGUCAUGGAUCCACUUGUGAUGAAAGAUCAAAAAGUAUCACUAGACUCGAAAUUAUUCAGUGGUGAUGUGGCUCUUGAUAAACUGAUUGUAUCUGCGUUGUCAGAUUACCAAGUUCAAAAAGCAGAGUUCGCAAUGGUUGGUUUAAAAUUAACUUUAGGUAUGCAAUGGUCUGACUUAAAAGGAAAAGGUGCUUAUGGCGUAAAAGGUGUUGCAUUAAACUUCAUCAACAUCUAUGGAUCAGGAAAUUUCAAAUUGAUGGUGAGCGAUUUCUCAUUCACAACUACCAUUUCUUUGGGUACAAACCCCAGAAAUAAAACAAUGUUAAUUAAAGAAAUGGCUACAUCAGUAGUUCUUGGAGAUCUUCAAUUUACUAUCGAUGGACUUUUUAAUGAUAAGGAUUUAUCUGAUGUCACCAGCGCUAUUGUUUCUGAUUUGGCACCUGGCGUAGUUGAAAAAUACCAGAAACAAUUGACUGAAGCAGUGCAUACUUUCGUAAUGAGUGAAGCUAAUAAAGUCCUCAGCACGAUGACUCUCAAAGAUUUAUUAGCUUUAAUUCAGUGA